AUGCAUGUGAUGUGGGAUCUCCGUAAGGAGUUCAGGUGUGCUGUUUUGAAAGACAACACGGUACCAAAAACAGAGGUGGCCAACCAGGUCCAACAUCUGAUGAAGCUGGAAAGUGAGACCCCAUCCCCGGUUCUGCUUCUGGUUGAUGACUCAAAGGAGAUGGACAAUGCAUUUGACCUGCUGAUCUGCAUCCGCCAAGCUGUAGAGGAUCUUUCAGACAUUCAUUUGGAUGAUGCUCCUAACUGUCAGCUGGAACAGCCAUGUAUCUCCAGAGACAUCAUGAAGAAAGAAGCUAACCAAGGAGAUAAACUAAGGAGCCUAUUGACAUGUGGUGGGGACUCUUUGGAGAGUUAUAACAGAUUUGUUAUUGUUGUUAACAAAAGCAAUCCAGAACAAGUUCAAUACCUUAAUUUUCUAAGUAAGUUAAAACUGUUCUGUGUGUUGGACUUUGACCCCAACUCUGUAGCUGAAGGUGGACUGUGUCAUUCAUACAGAGAGUUGAGGGUGGCUAAUCUGCAUUUGCCAACACAAUUUCAGGGACAUACUGAAGCUGUUAUAAACGAGCUCAACCUUUACCUCCAGACAAGCUGGGUCUUCUGUAAUGGGAGAAAUGACCUUGAUGAUUACAGGGAGUUAGACUAUCGAACCUGGCUGAGAAAGUCUUGCAAAGAUUUGGAACAGUUGGUUUCUUUCAUCUGCAACCCUGAUGUUUUGCAUGAUGGAAGAUACCUUGUUAUCUUCCUUCUCCUUUCCCCCGUGCACUCAGAGAAAGACCCGGUCCUUGACACUUACAUGUCUUUUAUUAAACACAUAGCUGAGAGUAACAUUAUAAGCAUUUGUGAAUCUCAGAAUACAUAUUUAAAAUGGAGGGAACUUAUAAAAGCAAAGUGUGACUUUGACAUUGAACAUUUGUCCAUAAAUGAGCUAAGUCUAAGUGAGAUCAAUGGAACCAUAAUGGGGCUUGGUCCUGUCACUCAGUCAUCUACAAGGCUGCUUCCUUCUUCUGGUUCCAGUACUGUUGUCCUGAAACAGAAAGAUGAAGAUCUACUGACAGCUCUGGAUGUUUUAUGUCUGAAUCAGUGUGAAAAAAUAUAUGAAGAGAGCAGUUCAGAGUUUCAUGACUUCAGAAAAACAGUAGAGGAGGAGUUCUACAGAGGAGCCAAAGUGAGAUGGUGGAACUUUUACUUCUGUGACGAAAAUGCAGAGAGGCCAUUUAUCAAGAGAGAAAAGUAUGAACAUGUGAAGAAAAUGAUCAGAUCACACAGGACAUCUUCAAGCAACACCUGUGUGCUUCUAACACUGUUUCAUGACCCAGGAUGUGGUGGUACCACCCUAGCAAUGCAUGUGAUGUGGGAUCUCCGUAAGGAGUUCAGGUGUGCUGUUUUGAAAGACAACACGGUACCAAAAACAGAGGUGGCCAACCAGGUCCAACAUCUGAUGAAGCUGGAAAGUGAGACCCCAUCCCCGGUUCUGCUUCUGGUUGAUGACUCAAAGGAGAUGGACAAUGCAUUUGACCUGCUGAUCUGCAUCCGCCAAGCUGUAGAGGAUCUUUCAGACAUUCAUUUGGAUGAUGCUCCUAACUGUAAGGUUAUCAUCUUAAACUGUGUACGUUCCCACGACCCCAAAGAGCAAUACAGAAAAAACAAUCAAACCCAAAAUCAGUACCUAACUGCCAAACUGACACCAGAAGAGCAGAAAGAGUUUGAAAAGAAACUCAAAGAGCUAAAGGAAACCCAUGACAAACCUGAAAACUUCUACAGCUUCAUGUUCAUGAAAAACAAUUUUGAUAGGAAAUACACAGAAAAUCUUGCUCAAAACACGCUGGAGAACUUUGACUUCAGCACCAAGGAGGCUAAACUCUUCUCCUUUCUGUCCCUACUCAACACGUAUGUCACAAAGUCAGAGAUGGCACUUUCUCUCUGUGAGGACUUUUUUCAGAUGAAGAUGUUACGCUGGAAAGAAGACUCUGUUUUGGAUCGAAUGAAGCCCUAUUCCAACUUUCUUAUCAUAGAAUCAGUUGAUGAAUGGGGAGGAUACAAAGGAAUACGGAUCCUUCAUCAUGCAAUAGCAGCUGCCUGUCUGGAAGAGCUGGAGAGAAGUCAUGAUCUAAAGGCUAGUGACAUUGUCAUGGAAAUCCUCCAUUAUGAUCUGUUCUUCAGUGUUGGAGUUGUUAAACAUAGACUGAUGCGUUCAGUUAUACGAAUGUUAGUAGAAAGGCAGCUGAAGAAAAAUGGAGAAGAGAGGGAACCUUUUUCUCCUCUCAUUGACAAAAUCCACAGCCAGCAAGGGAGACAAAAAAUCCAAGAAAUCUUUGAGAAAGCCUCGUCCAGGUUUGAGAAAAAAUUAUCCAUCCCUCAGGCACUGGCAAGAUAUUUGUACAUCAAUGUGAAGGACUUCCCAGAGGCCAUAAAAUGGGCGGAGAAAGCCAAGAACAUCCAAGAAAACCCCUAUACCUUCGACACAAUUGGGGAAAUCCACAAGAGCAAUCUGAGGUUCAACAUUAAAGAAAAGAAGGAAGGGCACAACCCAGACAAUCUGCACAUGAACAUUGAAAUAGCCAACAAUGGCUGGAAAGCUUUCAAAAGGGCUCAGGAACUGGCAGACCUCGAAAAUGAAAUAGAAGAAUCUCCUGACGAUGAGUCAGAGGAUUAUCCCAGGAAUUCCUACAAUAUUAAAGGCUACGUGAAAAUGCUGGAGAUCUCCUUCUUGGUCUUUGAGAUUCUGAGCAGGUUACCAUUCUUCGAAGAACAUGAUCCAAUGAAAAAACACUACUUAAGAAGUUUUCUUAACGGACAGAUCCCAAUCAGCAACGUUUACAAAGAGAACACCGACUACAACAACAGAUGUGUUGAGAUCAUUAAAGAACACGAACUGUUCCUGGUCAAAAGGAAAGAGAUCAAAGAAAUCUUUGAUCUCUUGAACGACAACUUCACCUACAUAAAGCAGAACUCAGAACUGGAUGCAGUAAACAAAAGGAUAUUAUCACUUAAAGAUCUCCAGCUCAGCUAA